UGUCUGCGCCCACUCCAAAUCAUGAAUUUUGACAAGAUACCAUAUUUUAAUAUGAAAAUAGGUCUCAGUAUGUUUUCAGCACUUGCGUUUGAUUUUAUUCAUCCGUCUGCUCGUAAUAUUUAUAUGUUGCACGGACGCAGACUCUUUACAGGAAAGUCUGGUGCAGGGAAAAAAUCUAAAAAGUACACAAGGACGCUGAAUUUGCCCAAAACUCAGUUCCCAAUAUCAUUGAAGGAUGCAUCAACGAGAGAAAAAGAACUCCAAUCGCUGUGUAGAUUUGGAAGUUUGUAUGAAUGGCAGAGACGCCAUAACAGAGGUCCUGAGUUUAUCUUGCAUGAUGGGCCUCCAUAUGCCAAUGGCAAACCCCAUGUUGGCCAUGCUCUUAACAAGGUCCUGAAGGACAUUGUCAACCGUUACCAUGUGAUGCGGGGCCACAGAGUUCACUAUGUCCCUGGCUGGGACUGCCAUGGUCUGCCCAUUGAGCUCAAAGCUCUACAGGGGAAGGCUCACCUUAAACUCACCCCCUUACAGAUCAGAGAUGAAGCACAGAAGUUUGCUGAGAGUGCUAUUGAAGUGCAGAUGGAAGGAUUCAAGCGUUGGGGCGUAAUGGCUGAUUGGGAUAAACCUUACUUCACUUUCAACCCACAAUACGAGGCAGCACAGAUUGACAUAUUUUCAAGACUACAUGAGAAAGGUUAUAUUUAUCAAGAUGUAAUGCCAGUUUAUUGGUCACCAUCCUCUAGAACUGCGCUAGCCGAGUCAGAGUUGGAAUACAAUGAGAAACAUGUUAGCACAUCUGUGUAUGUUCGCCUGCCUCUAGUCAGAAAACCUCCAUUGCUUAGUACAGAUAAUAAUGUGUAUGCUGUCAUAUGGACUACAACGCCAUGGACCUUACCAGCUAACCAGGCUCUAGCUUAUGGAGAAAACAUAAACUAUGUUUUACUUAAAGAGACUGGUACGUCAGAUGUGUACAUUUGUGAAGACAGCUUUGCUGAAAAACUAGCAACCAUUACUGGAAAGGAUUUUAAAUUGAUUGAAAAAGUACAAGGAAGUGACCUGGAAGGUGCCACCUACAUGCACCCAUUGACCAAUGAGGAGCUGCCGUUUCUGCCAGGAGGUCAUGUGACUGCAAAUAAAGGCACGGGAUUGGUCCAUACAGCCCCAUCACAUGGCCAUGAUGACUUCCACCUGGCUAAACAGCAUGAUAUAGAUGUUCGUGUGCUGGUGGAUGACAACAGUUGCUAUACAGAGUCUGCUGGUUCCAAGCUGGAAGGGAAGCCAGUGCAGGGGGAGGCAACUGAGAACACAGUGUUAGAGUGCCUUGGGACAAGCCUGCUUCAUAGAGAGCCUUUCACUCAUAGUUACCCUUACGACUGGCGAACAAAACUACCUGUGAUCAUCCGCACCAGUCGGCAGUGGUUCAUAGACACACGGGCACUUCAUGACAAAGCCAUGAAGUGUUUGAAGUCAGUGAAGGUAGUUCCCUCCCACCUGGAGGCACGGAUGGAGUCUAUGCUGGGGGCCCGUACAUACUGGUGCAUCUCCAGACAGCGUGUUUGGGGUGUGCCUAUCCCUGUAUUCUAUAACAGACACACGCAUGAACCUCUAGUGGAUAGAGCCAUAAUAUCCCAUAUCGGUGAGCUGAUAGCAAAACAAGGGUCUGGUAUUUGGUGGUCUCUGCCUCAUGAAGAACUCUUACCACAGUUGCUUCUUGACCAGGGAGGCCAUGGCGAGUGUGGCAACUUUGAGAAAGGUGGGGACAUCCUCGAUAUCUGGUUUGACAGCGGAUCCUCGUGGGCAGCUGUUCUUGCCCGUGGCCAGCAGGCAGAUGUAUACAUGGAGGGAACCGACCAGUUUGGUGGCUGGUUCCAGUCUUCUCUCCUUACAUCUGUUGCUUUACAUGACCGAGCACCAUACAAGAGUCUGGUUGUCCAUGGGUUUACAAUGGAUGAGGAGGGGAGAAAGAUGUCCAAGUCACUGGGAAAUGUAAUUGACCCAGACAAAGUCAUACAUGGGGGAAAGGACCAAAAGAAAGAGCCAGGGUAUGGGGCGGAUGUUUUGCGCUGGUGGGCGGCAAUCUCGAACCUACAGAGUAUCAGUAACAUUGGCUCCACCACGCUGGAUAACAUACGAGAGGAACUGUACGGGUUACGGGGAACAUUGAGGUUUCUACUGGGAAAUGUAAGCUGUCGGAAUGAUGGACCCGUGGUAGAGUAUGGGUCUCUCUGGCCCCAGGACAAGCUACUUCUAUACAGACUUUACCAGUAUGCCAGCAAGGUGGAUGGCUUCUAUGAGAACUAUGAGUACUCCAAACUGCUGCAGACCACUGUACAGUUCUGUACAAAUGAAGUGUCCAAGUUCUACUCCACACUAGUCAAAGACAGGUGUUACUGUGAUACCACCGACAGUGCAGGGAGACUUUCCAGCUUAACCGCUCAGUGGCACGUGCUGCAUGUGAUUACUCGUUGUCUAGCCCCUGUGUUACCCCACCUUGCUGAGGACCUUUAUCACAAUUUCCCUCCUGCAAGGCACAAACAGGACGUUUGGAGCAUCUUCCAGACCAGGUGGCUAAAUUUACCCACAGAGUGGAACAACCUGGACAUUGAGCACAUAAUGCAGCCUGCUCUAGACAUCCGGGACCAUCUACAUGAUAUCAUCAAUGACGAGCCAUCAGUUGAGUUUGAUGUGUUUAUCUACACCAGCCAAUUGCUCCAUUCCCAACUCAGUGAGUUUCAGCAGGAGAAGACGUCUAGCUUCUCCCCUCUAUGUGAACUCCUACAAACUGCUAGCACCGCGCUGACGGACGAGCCUCUAAAUGUGAUACCAGACAAUAUUCAACUUGUCAACGGCAUCUGUAAUGUCCAUAUGAAAGAUGGGUACCUGUGUCCGGAGAAGUAUGUGAUCAUCCUGAAGGACACAGAUAGGUACGUGUGUGAGCGAUGUCGGAGAUUUACUGCUGAGAAAGCGGGUACUCUGUGUGGACGAUGUCUCAAUGUUCUAUCCACAGGAUGGGACUGAUUUAGACUGGCUACUAUUAAUGGUUAUGUUGAAGAUUUACCUCAAAGAAAGCAGCAAAUCCAUGUGGAUGAUUUCUUGAUGUCCUAUUUACAGGAUGGGAUGGAUUUUGUCAGAAUAACAAGUUUACUUAUAAGCAUCUUUUUAUUUUCAUAUAUAUUUUUUUUUAUACAUGUUGACUUUAAAUAGAUCUUCACUUUGCAUUUAUUUUAACAAAUUUCCCGAUUAGUGAAAACGUGUUUUUGUUUUUGAAUUUUAAUAAAGUUCAUUAUUGAAUACGUACGCAAUUGAAUGCAUUUUGCGUUUAAUUUCACUUGUUAAUAAACUGAAGUUGUGAAAAAUCAAAAGCUGUGAAAUUGAAUGGUGCUACAGCAUUUUUUUCAUCUUGUGGUCUGUGAAUGCUACAAUGGUUUAGUGAAGGAGACAGACUUAAGAUGACACGACAUCAGUUCUUCUCUCCCCCCUGUGCAAUGUUCACAUAGCUGCUCUAUGUUCUGACCAUUGAUGAAUUUAAAAAAGAAAAGCGUAAGUUUCGUGUAUUAUAAUCGAUAGCAUUAUCAAGAGUCGGAUAAUAUGAUCAGAUAUGUAUAAUUGAUAUGACAUUUAAUUGAGGUAUGGCAAGACUUGUGGCCUCGAAUGAUACUGUUUUUAUUUUUUAGCUUUUCUUUGUUGUUUUUAGGGAGUUGAAGUAUUAGUCUGCGUUAGUUGUGUUAUUUUCUUGUUGUCAUCGGCAACAGUAUUUUCCCGUUGGCUGUAACUUGAAAAUUGUUUAAGAUAUUGAAAUGAAACUCUGUACACCUGUAGGCAUAUAUGAAGCAAGUCCCAUUACUCUGACUAAAAUAUUUGCUGAGUUAUGCCUCAAAGGGCUUGGACAAAUUGACGAGCAUUGGCAUUUGCUCCUAUGGCUUUUGGUUUAAUUUUUUUUAUACCUUGUCACUGCCAUGAUUCUUGUGCUUAAUUUAACAUUUUUGUUAAUGGAUUUUGUUUACAUUUGUGUUAAAUGCAAUAUUAUUAUGUUACUUUUUAAGUGUUUUUUCAAUAAAGUUAGAUUAUUUUA